UUCUAUGGCCCGGAGCAAGCGAUCGCUUAUUGGCUCAGGAAUCGCUAGUUUUUGUUCUCGAUGUGUCUCCGUCGAUGCAUCCCUAUCUUCAUCACGUUUCUAAAGCUACGGCAGCUGUGCUGGAAAGGAAGUUAUUCAAUCACAAAAACGAUGAGGUGGGACUUGUUCUCUUUGGCAUGGAAGAGACUGAUAACGAUCUUAGACGAGAAGUCGGGGAAGCAUACGAAGGCAUUGUGAGCGAACCGAUUACGCUUGUCGAUGGUGAGCUGGUGACGAAGCUGCGAGCGCUUCCCCGGGGAUGCUACGCAGGAGACUAUGUCGAUGCCAUCGUUGUUGCCACAGAUAUGAUCUUCAAAAAGUAUGGAGAUGGAAAGAAAGGAAACAAGCGGAUCUGCCUUAUAACCGAUGCCCAGUCGCCGAUAAAAGAGCCAAUGGAAGGUAUGAGUAUGAUGGAACAGGUUGAGAAAAUCGCAGAGAAAAUGGAAGACCAUGGAGUGAGGUUCGACGCGGCUAUACUCAGAAUGAACGAGGAAAAGCGUGAAAGCGGCUCGGAGAGCACGGAGAUUCUAGAGAAUUUAGCGUCUCGGACGCACGGAGAAGUCACAACCGUGGAAAGUCCUCUGUGCUUGUUUGGAGCUCUAAAGCCUCGCACAGUAACUCCCACGACGCUCUACCGAGGAGAUAUGGAGAUGACACCAGGUGCACGAAUUAAGGUUUGGGUUUACAAGAAAGCCGCACAAGAAAGAGUUCCUAGUCUUAAGGUUUACUCAGACAAAGCACCCCAAAGUGAUGCGCUUGCGACUCACGUUGUGAAAAUGGAUACUGAUUACAAAAGCAGUGACGACCCGACAGUGUCCAUUCCGAAAGCACAACGAGCAAAGGGUUACUACUAUGGUCAGCAGCUUAUCCCUGUGACCCCAGACAUGGAACUGUCACUCAAGUUCACUGCUGACAAAGGAGUAAAGCUCCUAGGAUUCACAGAAGCUGCCAAUAUUCCAAGGCACUACUAUAUGAAGGAGCCGAAUCUUUUUGUUCCGGAGCCUGGCAAUCGUAAAGCUUCUCUUGCAAUGUCCGCUCUUGCACGAGCUCUGAAACAAACGAACAUGGUGGCCUUAGUCCGGUGUGUUUGGAGACAAGGACAACGAAAUGUUGUGAUGGGAGUUUUGACACCAAAUCUAUCCUUCGAAGAUGGCAUCGCAGAUUCUUUCUAUUUCAACAUCGUGCCAUUUGCCGAAGAUAUUCGUGAGUUUGGCUUUGCAUCAUUUGAUGACCGACCUGCGUCCCAGUUGCCUUCAAAGCAACAAGAAGAAGCUACUGAUUUACUAGUUCAGAUGCUCGACCUUUCGCCCUCAGACAGCGUCGAGUCCCUACAACCCGAGAAAACGAGCAAUCCAGUUUUACAGCGAUUCUACCACUUUCUCUAUUUGAAAUCACUAAACCCAGACGCAUCGGUACCUCAAUUAGACGAAACUCUGAAGAAAGUCAUAGAACCAGAUUUUUCAUCGGAGCAUAUUGAAAAACUUCAAGGACUUUGUAGCCAAUUUACAUUGGUGAACGUGCAGAAAACUAAAAACUCGACAAAGUUUUGGAAAGACAGAAUCGAAGCCGCUGCUAAAGACGAUGAUGCGGAAGCAAAGCCGGAUGUGGAUACCUCGGGCAGUGGUCUCUCGUUCGACAGUUUUGCCACACGUCAGGUCGAGGAAGUUGGAAGCUUAAACCCAGUCCAGGACUUCCAAACGCUACUAGCUCGUCGGGACAGUGAUGAGUGGGUCGGGAAAGCUAUACAAGGAAUGAAGAAAAUCAUCAUCGAUCUCUUGGAUUCCUCGUACAAAGGGAACACUUACGACAAAGCACUGACUUGCUUAGCCGCUCUCCGAAGUGGUUGCGUGAUGCAAGAGGAAUCCAAAGAAUUCAACGACUUCUUUCGUGUGCUAGCUGACAAGUGCCAAGGGAAGCGCUUGAGCGACUUCUGGGACGCAGUGAUCCAGAGAAAGUUGACACUGAUCUCCAAAGGAGAAGUUUCAGACAGCGAUGUCACUGAGGAGGCAGCACUGGCAUUCUUGACUUCGAGAACCGUCAAGGAGGAGCCAACCACGGCAGAAGAAGCGGAAGAAAUCGACGAAAUGGAUGCUCUACUUGGAGAAGCUGUGUAAAGGUUCGUCACCAGAAUUUUCGUUUUUCCUCCUUGCUGACACUGGAAGUUCGUAUCCUCCACAGUAAUCAAACGAAGAGCAAAAAAAAUCCUUCCUUUCUAAA